CGCACUUGACAAGCGUUUUAUUUUCAUUUUUCGAAAUUUAUCCUGACCCAAGCUAGAAACCUGAGAACGAGUUGCAGCACAAAUUAAAAGUGCAACGUACAAGUGUUUUAAGUAGAGAAAUACAGUGUUAGUGUUAUCAUUUGUGAUUAGCGUCGGAACGCUUGGUGUUUUGUAAUUAGUAUAGUACUUGUGGGGAAUACCAAGUAUCGAUGGCCGUUUGAACGUUUCCGUGGUGUAUUUGUUGAACUCCUGGAGCAGUGAGUCACCGAAGCAUAGUAUCGGGCGGUCGCCAUGGACACCGACGAUGGGGAAUCCUCAAGCAGCGGGCCGAUGUCUAGCUUAAAUAGCCUGUUUUCUUUCACGAGCCCUGCCGUCAAGAAACUCCUGGGAUGGAAACAGGGCGACGAGGAAGAGAAAUGGGCGGAGAAGGCCGUAGACAGCCUCGUCAAGAAGCUAAAGAAGAGGAAAGGAGCUAUAGAAGAAUUAGAGCGAGCACUUUCGUGCCCCGGGACUCCAUCUAAGUGCGUCACCAUACCACGCUCGCUCGAUGGCCGGUUACAGGUUUCCCACCGCAAAGGGCUGCCACACGUGAUUUACUGCCGCGUGUGGCGCUGGCCCGACCUACAGUCCCACCACGAGCUUAAGCCCCUCGAGAUCUGCCAGUACCCCUUCAGCGCCAAACAGAAGGAGGUCUGCAUCAACCCCUAUCACUAUAAACGGGUGGAGAGCCCCGUUCUCCCUCCAGUCUUAGUACCACGACACUCGGAAUUCCCACCUGGACAUUCUCACAUGCCCUUCCAAAGAACUGCGGAACCCGCAAUGCCCCACAAUGUGUCUUAUUCCGGAUCGGGCUUCCCGCCUUCGGCCAGUUCUGAACUCCCGGACACGCCUCCACCGGCGUAUUCCCCACCCUCGGAAGACAUGGAACCACCGGGCGAAGUCGCGCCCGUGUCUUACCAGGAACCGGUAUAUUGGGCUUCAGUAGCCUACUACGAACUGAACUGCAGAGUCGGCGAGGUGUUUCAUUGCAACUCUCAUGCGGUCGUCGUCGAUGGCUUCACGGAUCCGUCCAACAACAGCGACAGAUUCUGCCUAGGACAACUGAGCAACGUCAACAGAAACUCGACCAUUGAAAACACCAGACGCCACAUAGGAAAAGGCGUGCAUUUGUACUACGUGGGCGGGGAAGUGUACGCCGAAUGCCUGUCUGACGCCGCCAUAUUCGUGCAGAGCCGCAACUGCAACCACCACCACGGCUUCCACGCCUCCACCGUGUGUAAGAUACCGCCCGGCUGCUCCUUGAAGAUCUUCAACAAUCGCGAAUUCGCGCAGCUGCUGUCUCAGAGCGUCAAUCACGGCUUCGAAGCGGUCUACGAGCUCACCAAGAUGUGCACAAUCCGAAUGUCGUUCGUGAAGGGAUGGGGAGCGGAGUACCACCGCCAGGACGUGACGUCGACCCCGUGCUGGAUCGAGAUUCAUCUCCACGGCCCGCUGCAGUGGCUGGACAAAGUCCUGACCCAGAUGGGGUCGCCCCACAACGCCAUCUCCUCUGUGUCCUAGCUGUGUGCCCAAAUUCUGACCCCACCGUAUGUAUUUCUGUCGUAUUACUCGUGCGACCAUUUAGUGCACGCAAAUUGCCCUCGUAUUACUGCAUUUUAAACGCGAACAUUUUGUACAUUUGUACAUUAUUUAUACUUUUAUAAUGGUAUGGUUUAAUUUGCGCAAUAUUUUACACAUUAUUCCAUAUAGGUAUCCGUUGUUAUACCUAUUGCUAUCUAUUUUUUAAUGGCUUUCGUAACCUCGGUAUUUUACUUGAGAACAUUAUUGGUGGUUAAAAUUUAGUAGAGACAUAAACAUAGAAAUUGAAGUACAAAUUUCGCUAAAAUGUAUGUGAUAAAAUGUGCGAAAGCUAUCGCUAAUGUCAAACGCAGAUCUUAUUUAUAAGACACCAUACAUGGUAGCCUGUCAAGGUGCCAUUCAUUUAUUACAUAAAACGAUUUUUCCAGUUUUUCACCGUCACCACCUCGCGCCCCUAACUAAGAAGAAGUAAGAAUACGCCGACCCCCUCCACCUGUAUUACGUAAAAAUCUAAAGAAAACAAUGAAUACACAUUUGGUUUGAAAUAGCUUUAUAAAAAAAAUGGAACAUUUAUUUGUACCUACAAAGGUACCACAGGAGCCCGUCUAAGCUAACUCUGCACCAAAUUUGAUAUCAUAGUGUUGGAAGUAUUAUUUUACGACAACGUCAUAAUUUCAUAGACAUUUGAAAUUGUGGCAUCUUGAUCUUACGUAAGAACUAUGAAGACCCCCUCCCACCCCCUUGUAAGAAAAACAUCAGACAUGUUCGACCACCCUGCCCUCCUAAAUCGUCUUACGUAAUAAAUGAAAGGAGCCUAAAAUUUGUAUGGUUACCACCGCGAUAUUGAAAUAAAACCUAAUUAUGUAGUUCGAUUUUGAAUAUUGAAAUAUAGCUAUGUAUAUAGCGAGUUAUUUCUGGACCUUGAAGCGUUUUGACGAAACCUUAGUGACAACGUGUUUAGUUCUAUACAUAUAGUGCAUGUUAAGUAAUAAAAUCCAAUUUCAAGACAAUAGUGAUAUAAAACAGGAAUCAAAAAAUAGCAAGGAAGGUGACAUUAUGUAGUACCAUUAGUACGUUGCAGCAUAACACAAUUGAUACUGACUUGCCCAGAAGUAUUGAACACCCCGUCAUGUACGAGCCUGAAAUUAAAAAUAUUAUACAUAUUUAUGUAAACUAUUAAAAUGUAUUAAAACAUUACAAUUAAUUUCAUUACUUUAUAGAACUGUAUUCCGAAGUCAGCAUCAAUGGUAGUUGGUAGCGAAAAAUAAAAAACCGGCCAAGUGCGAGUCGGACUCGCACAGUAAGGGUUCCGUAGCAUUAUCUAUAAAAACGGUCACCCAUCCAAGUACUGACCCCGCCCGACAUUGCUUAACUUCGGUGAUUGGAUGAGAACCUCGAGAUUGGAAAGAAAUAUUUAUUUUAUUCUGUUUUUAGUAUUUGUUGUUAUAGCGGCAACAAAAAUACAUAAUCUGUAGAAAUUUCAACUGGCUAACUAUCACGGUUCAAGAGAUACAGCCUGGUGACAGACGGACGGACGGACUGCGGAGUCUCAGUAAUAGGGCCCCGUUUGACCCUUAAGGUGUGGAACUCUAAAAACGCGCCGAAAUAUCUAAUUGCCUGUCUGAUAUAUUUCUGUAGUUUGUGUUCCAAAGUAUCUUCCACAUUAAUUGUUUGAUAUACAUAUACUUAGUAUAUCUCUUUGUCAAGCUACUUGAGAAUGGUAGAAUUUUGACGCGUAUUUUCAUCCGCUUCUAUUGUUGCUUUUUGUAUGUGUUUACAUAACUAAAGGCAUAAAAAAUUCGCCAACAGAUUGCUAUAAGUAAAGGAAGAUGUGUGUUUUUUGUAUGACAAACACAUAAGCUCAAUUGAACACCAUUCGUUAGUUCGUAAAACAAAAUUAAACUUCAGUCUAGUAUUCCCGUCUUCCUUGACGGAAAUUUUCCAAAAUUAAAAAAAAUAUAUUCAAUCCUUCUGGCCAUGGCUGUAUAUUAGUGUGCAAUAUAAAAGCAGUUUAUUUACACUAGAGAAACUUGAGUAAAUAAUUCGUAAAAAUAGGUUAUUGCUGCAUAUUUAUGCUUUGUCGUGAGUGGCACUAUCACUAGAAUCUUAAGUAAGCAAACGAACGAUGUAGUCGGUCAAAAAUAAACAGUCUUAAUAAUGGCCUAUUGGUGCACUCUCCGAGGCAAAUCGCCUUAUAAAAAUAUUUAUUUUUUCAGAAUGAGAUGGUUGUAGAUGUAAAGCUUGGAUUGAAAAUAAUGGGCAAGAUACUAAAUAGAAAUAAUUGUAUAUUUUCCAUUGGGUUCUCCAGUUUUAUAAGAAUUUCCGCUAGGAAGUACAAAAGUAGGUCAUGUCAUGAUUAUUAUUCUUUUUUACUUCUAAUAUUAUUUAAAUAAAGUUAUUUGUUUAUUUUGAAUGCAGAUGAAUAUUUAAAAAAGGUCCCAACACAACAACUCGACCAUGAUUGAUAAAGUUAAAUAUUUAUUUAAUUUUCUCACUAACUGCUAUUAUAUUGCACACAGGUGUAUAUGGACGAAAGUUCACGACUUAAAGAAGUCAGUUUAUUUUUGAUCUUGCUGAUGUCGUGGGUAGAAAGAUGCUAUGGUUAUAGACACAACUAUACUGUUAUAGCUUCAAUAGGUUUACUAAAUAAGCUCAAAGUGUCCAAGCGGUAAGUCAUCUAAGUGUAAUUGUUAAAAUAAGUAUAAAGACAUAUAUUAAGAAAUAAUUAUACUCUUAAAUGUUUAUGACAAGAUAGAUAUUAUCAAUGUACAUAAUGCUCUAUAAUGGUAUUUUUAUUUUAUACAAGUCCAAAUUUAUUGUAUGAAAUCUUGCAUGCUUUGUCAAGGUAAAUCGGUGAUAUUAUCAAUAUAUGUACGGAUCGUAUGUUAUUUUAGGGCAUAUUUUUAUAAGAAUUAACGUACGUUUAUAGUUUAGUCAAAAAUUCAGCUUUAUAUUUAUGUAAUUUGUAUGUUUUGUGACUUUGCAAUAUUUAUACCAAGAGAAUUUAUUAUGAAGAAAUACCGCGUUUCAGAUCAGCUUUGUAUUUAUAGAGUAAAAAGUAUUGAGCGUUCAUUUUUUUCAUUAUUCGAAAUACAAGUACUGAUUGUGACGGCUUUAACUAAAAGGUACCACAUUGUCGGUUGUCGAUAAGGUUGGUUGAAAAUAGCACAAUUAUCAGCUGUACAUAGGAAUAUACAAUCAAACAAGUCAAAUAACUGCUAUUCAUCCUGAGAAUUUAUUAUUAUCGUCAUAAUUAUAAUAUACGUGCAUGUAUAUGCAUUUAUAUAUAUGAAUAACAUUAAAUGUGUUAUUAAAACUUUGCAUGGAAAAUGCACAUGUAUGCUCAAUACUUUUGGGCAAAGGCUUUGACAUUAGGUAUAUCUUGGUUUUUGAUAAGAAUUUUGCUACAGGAUACUGAAGAUGUAGAAGUAACAUUAUAAUAAAAGUAACUAAAUGAUCGUGUUACUGAAAUCUUUGCAAUAUAUUGUAGAAAUUAUGUUAAAGUCACAGUUAAAAUAGUUAAAUAAGUGAUAUGUGUUCUAAAUGUUGUAAUAAUCUAAAACAUAGACUGUUAGUAAGACAUGCUUCUGCUGGUAGUAUCUAAUUUUGUUGCAGCUUAUGCCCACAACAGACUUGGCUUUUGUAUUUUUGCAAAUAUGGCGUUACUUUCGUUUGCAAUAAAAAAAGGAAAAAGAUAGAACACGAGUAUUUGGACAAAUACGGUCAUCUGUGUUACCGGAAUCCAAAAUCAAGUAGCUUAUUUUCUAGCAAUUAAAAAAGACAGUCAUGCAUACAAUUUAAAUUACCUACUCUGACAUGUGAUUAAUGCAGUUCGAUUUGGACGUGAAGUAACGGAUUUAAUACUAUUUAUUAAUAUGCGAGCCAAUAAAUAAUAUUAUUUAUCUCAAUUUUAAACAGCAACAAGAGGAUUCAUUAUUGUAAACACUGUAUUGUUUACUUAGAGCCUGAUAUAAUAUGUUAUUAUAAUACCUUGGUACCUGAAAGGAACCAAGGUAUUAUAAUAACAUAUUAUAUCAGGUCUACUACGGUAAAAUAAUCUGAAAUUCAAGGAAAACCGUGUUAAUUGUUUUAUUCAAUUAUCAGACAUUAAAAGUAUGUAAUUGUAUUAUAUUUUUGGACCGAGGUAUAUUUAUGUACAAAUAAAUAUAUGUAUGCUUUUAUCAACAUGUUUAGUCAUGAACUCAUGAAUCAGAAUGAUUCUUUGAUUAUUUUCUCUUUUUUGUAUCUAUAACUUCUGCCCUAGGUACGCAGACCUUGAUUGUAACGGGUUUGCGAAGAGAUACGGCUUAUUGACAGUCAACGGGAGACUGGAUCGUUUAUGCGUUAAAAAAAAAAUUCUAAAAAGUUUACUUAAGAAAUACGGCAGUAGUCGUCUGGGAAAUUAAGUAUGUAAAGUUAAAAGAUAUUUCUACAGUUAAUGUGCCUAAUAGUAUGUGCCUCAUAAUGUAUUACUACAUUUUAUAUUUUCUUGUUGCUGACUAAUGACAUAUUCUAUGAAUUUCUUAUCUUUUCUCCGGGAAAAAAUAUCUUGAGAUCGAGCCUAACUUGCGCCUAAUAAAGCAAAAAAAAAACAACGGGUUGCACUCCGGGAGUGCCGGCAGAAGUGAAAACUUGAAUAUUAACGUUGUGCAUUUUUGAUGUUUUGUAAUGGUUAGGGAAUAAUUUUGCAGGAAUUGCUUUAAUUAUCAGCAUAAAAGUACUAUCAUUUAUGUAUAAUACAAUAUUCAUUUAGUGCGCUAUCGUACACAAACAUGACAAUUUAUAUUACAUUAAAAAUUGAACACUUCAGAACUAUUACAAUUAUUGUUUAUCCCUCAAAAAAAUCAACUUCAAUCCAUAAUUUCAAUGACUCUUACACCAUCAUCAUUACUAGAAUCAUCAUGGAGUUUUUCGAUCAGAAUCCCUAGUGUAAAUUUACACUAGGGGUACAGGUCACGUGUCCGUCUUACGAAUUUUCAAUCUGACGAGUUUAACAUUUAUCCCCCAUCGUAAAAAGUGCACAGCGCCGCUAAAGAAGUUCUCGCUUAAAAAAAAAUACUUAUAUGAAAAAAGUACAAAGAGGGGAAGUACAAUUAUGUGGGUAUCUUGUAAGAGACUGCGAAAACGUAAAAGAAACGUUUAUUCUCCCACAUAUUUCCAGCUUAAUUAUUUUAUCACGAAGUUUUCCCUUUCAAUGGAAAACUACAGACUAAUAACUAAUACUAAAUUACGUAUAUUUCUGAAACACCACUAAACUAUAAUAAAAAGUUAUUUACCCUAUUUACUCUUCUUAUAUUCUAAAACUAAAUAGUUUCAGCCGUGCCUUGGUCAUGUGUUAAGCAAGAUUGUUAAUGAAAAAUGAUUUUUAAUUUUUGAAUAUUACCUAGACCUACAGACAAGCAAUCAAAUAAAACCUACACUUAUUUAGUUACUAAUAAGUUUCAAUACAGUAAAAUAAUCAAACGUGGUUUAAGGGCGUAGCGUACUUUGGUGGCCAAACUUCACUCGAAAUUAAUGAGUUUCGACUGCCCGAGUAACCCUAUUGCUGUCGUUUUCUAAAAUAUCUUAUAUAAGUCAUCUGCUGGUUUGAUUGAAUUAUGCAACCGAAAGUACUAUGGUUCAGUGUAUGACACCAAAUCGGGACGUUCUAUGUCAAAAAUAAAGAUAAAAUUGAUCUCAAAGUAUAUUAAGAGCUAUAGUUCCUGAAGACGUCCCAUCGCCUUGAUAGUGCAAUUGUUAUGAAACUAAUGAAUAUUGAUUAGAUAGGUGAUGUGAAAACAAAUUUGAUGAGUGUGUAUUAAAGUUUUGUGACUAUCCACAGCUUCUUAUACAAUGCAGUGUGUAAACUAUACGUAAAGUUAGGGAACAAAUCAAAUUAUUUAUUAAUAUUUUGAUUUGUGUUUUUUAAGUAGUCACACUACUAUAUAUAAAUUACAACCUGAAAUAGAUCCGCCACUGGAGGGCUUGGUCACUUUUUUUAGUAUACGACAUCUAUUUCAGUUGGUUAUAUUGGCGGAAAGGAGUAAAUUAUCUUUAGGGCAAACUUGCGGCCUAGCUAUGCCAACGGGAAACCAAGUAAUGAUCGGAACUCGAACAAUCAUAAGAAUUCUAAACAAUGGCAUAUUAUAGUAAGUUAAUGCCAGUAUAUAAAAUUAGCCUCCAGUUAACAUAAAAAAAAAACAAUGUUUUUAUUGUCAAACCAGAUAUUUAAAAAAACAUAUGUAGCGAUCAAAAAUCGUAGUUUUUUUUUAUAUUAUAAAACUUCACACAGUGUAUUGAAUAUUGUAACAUUGAACAUAAUAAAUAAAAAGGCCCGAAAUUCAAAUUUUCUAUGGAGUCCACACUUCGCGCCUACAUUUUGAAAAAUUGCCACCUUUUUCAACUGACAAGGUCGUUGUGCCAGAGUAUAUAUUUUAUUGGCCAGUAAAAAAUUUUGGUGGUCUCUUAAAAACAUUUUUACAGACAGCGUGGCCUGUUAUAAUGUGCCUUUAAAUAUAAAUUCCCGUCCUGCUCCUGAACUAGCGGGUUUGCAUUAAUAUGUAAACAGACAAGUUAAAUGUAAUUCUCAUAGCAACAAAUUUAGUUUUCUUAUUCGGUACCAUUACUGAAUAAACUAUAGUUUAUUUAAAAAUAAUUGUGAAUUUCUCGCCAGUAAAAUUUUGUAAAUAUAUAAAGUAAAUUAACAACGGAAGUAUUUUGUGUAGCUAUUUACAUUAGUGGUAAAAAAUAACCGAUGUAAGGUAACGACUAGAGUUGUGCCGUUUGUAUGGGGAACGUUCUCGCUCGAGAAUAUUUCCCAUAGUAAACGGAGAACAUUCUUAAGAACGGCACAACUCUAGUAGCGACCUCAUAUAUAUUUAGCUGUUUUGAAGGCGUAUUCUGAUUGCAAUAACAGGUUAUGAAUUUGAUCCGGAUUUGUUAUCGAUACAAGAUGUCAGUGUCAAAAGUGACGUUUCUCGUUAAAGGAACGUUAUUACAAUCAGACUACGCGUCCAGAGAGCGUUACCAACUUGCCAAUCGUUAGCGCUCCGUAGCGAACGAAACGCAACUGCUACUGUCACACUAAUAUGGAAGAGUGAUAGAGAGAGACGACUACGAAACGCUACGGAGCACGUUGGCUAAGCACCCAGGUUCUCAAUUCUCAACUCUGUUGUAAUUUGAUACAGAAGUCGAGCAUUAAGAGAGUAACGAAAGCAAAUCGUUAAUGUCGAGUACUCGCCUAACUUAAACGUUUUCCAAAUACCUUGACAUCCACUGUUGACAAGCGUAGGUCUUAUCGCAAAAUUAUAUAAAUUCAGAGUAAGAACUGAAGAUAUUGUUAAAUGCCACGGCCGAUGGGGUUUACUGUGUUAUGUGCUAAUGGGUUUUCUUUUUGUUAGGUAACUGUAUCAAUGUUACAUAACUAUUAGUUAUGAAAAAAUGUGUUAUUUUUUUUUUGUUAUAACCCUCUUUUUUUAGAGUGCCUUAGAACAAAUUAUGCCUUAUGUUUUUACUGUACGGUUAAAUAUUACAGUGUUGAUUGACCCAUAACAUAAAUAGUGCCUAUGCAAUAGUCGACGAGUGCAUGCCUUACAUUUUUGAUGUAUAUUAUAGUAAAUAAAAUAUAUUUUCUGCAUUUGGACAAGUUCAAUAUAUUGUGCAGAGAUACUUGGUCCUUUCAUAAGUUAGCUUUUAAUAUAAUAAAAUGGAAAUUCUAAUCUGUAGUAGAAAUUUAACGUGGAUUUUUGUUUUUAUUCUGUAUUUUUAGUAGAGUUAUAAAAUUUUGUACAUAACGUUUAUAAAUAGGUAAUGGUGUGGUUAUUGUACUUGUAUGUGUCUUGGUCGUUGUUUUGUUAUAAGAUUGUUUUUGGUUAGGUACGCGUUGGCAUUUGGACUUGACUGUUUUUGCUGGUCUGGAACUUUAAAGUUUAGUAAUUCUUAGACAAAAAACGUUUUAAAAUGAUAAUAUUUUUUUUGAAACAUCUUUCAAUUAAAUUAACAGAUGUUUAUCAUAUGUUACUACUGGGAAUGUAUUUAUCAGAGCGCGUCGUUUAAACCACGCUGAUUUUCAGUGUACCCUUAAUCCUUACAUGUCAAAAUUAAUGUUAAUUUCACCUGUCGAGAGUCAAAUUGCGCGACGCGUACGCUUGAGAAUUAUGGCCUCAUGUAAACUCAUUUGCUGAUUAUUGAUUAUAAACGAUUAGGCAAAAUAAAACAGUAUCUGCUUAGUCCUUUACGUUACAGUAGGUGGGUUUAUUGGGUAGAUAUCUGCUCAGUUUAUUUAAAAGAUUUUACUUAUACAUAUAUGUAAUCUUUCAUCAAAGUAGCCAAAUAGUUCGGUACACCAUAUAUUUAGUAUGGUGUACCGAACUAUUUGGCCACUUUGACUGCUACGAAGUAUUUGACGCUGACUGUACAAUAUGACCCUAAUACGCCAAGUCCAAGUGUAUAAAUUGUGUCAGUAAUCGUGAGCAAGGAUUGUGGAUGCCUAAAAUAGCAUAAAACAUUUUAAGAGUUAUGGAGCAUUUUUCAUGUUUUGUUGCAUUACCUAAAUCUUUUUAUGCAUGAUAUUGAUAAAUAUGUAAAAGUGUAAUUUUGGCUUUAUUGGUUGUUUACUUUUUAAACAAUUUUAGAAAAAAUAUUUUUUGACAAGUGUAAGGGACUGGGAGCCUAUAAAAUUAUGUUGUACAAAAAUUUAUGACUACUUGAAUUAAGUUCUCGCUAAAUAAGUUAGUUUAAGUGCAAAGAUGCCAUCUGUAAUUUUUAUUCAUCUCCGUUAGGGAAUAAAGUUUCUUUUAUUA